AGGCGGGGUGACGUCAGUUCCGGGGACCAGAGGACAGUCACUCAAGAUGGCGGCGCUCAGAGUGGGCACAGGAGUUCCGAAGAACUGUAUCCGGAGCUUACUGACCAUCCGAGCACCCCCCCGGCUCCCCCAGUGCGUCCUGCUGGCUCCUGUCCUGUCCCGGAAUCUCGCUGCUGAGGCCAAGAAGACCUACCAGAGAGAGAAACCCCACAUGAACAUCGGCACCAUCGGCCACGUGGACCACGGCAAAACCACACUGACAGCAGCCAUCACCAAAGUUCUCGCCGAGGCCGGGGGGGCCAAGUUUAAAAAGUAUGAGGACAUUGACAACGCCCCCGAGGAGAAAGCCCGGGGGAUCACCAUCAACGCGUCUCACGUGGAAUACACCACCCCCAACCGGCACUACGCUCACACUGACUGCCCGGGCCACGCUGACUACGUCAAGAAUAUGAUCACGGGCACGGCCCAGUUGGAUGGCUGUAUCCUUGUCGUAGCAGCUACAGACGGCCAGAUGCCACAGACCCGGGAGCACCUGUUGCUGGCCAAGCAGAUCGGAGUGGAGCACAUCGUGGUAUUUGUGAACAAAGCUGACGCGGUGGAAGAUAAGGAGAUGCUCGAUCUAGUUGAGCUGGAGAUGCGUGAGCUGUUGUCCGAGUUUGGGUACGACGGGGAGAAUACCCCUAUCAUCCUUGGCUCAGCGCUGUGUGCUCUGGAGAAUCGGGACGUGGAGAUCGGCCGGGAUUCCAUCCUGAAGCUGCUGGACGCUGUGGACAGCUACAUCCCCCUCCCCGACCGGGACCUGGAGCAUCCCUUCCUGCUGCCCAUCGAGCAGAUCUAUUCCAUUCCAGGGCGUGGCACGGUGGUGACAGGCACACUCGAGCGAGGGGUCAUUAAGAAGGGCGAUGACUGUGAAUUUAUCGGCCACAACAAAAACCUGCGCUCGGUGGUCACAGGUAUCGAGAUGUUCCACCAGAACCUGGACCGAGCCGAAGCGGGCGAUAACUUGGGCGCCCUGGUGCGGGGCCUGAAACGCGAGGACGUCAGGCGUGGCAUGGUGCUAUGCAAGCCCGACUCCAUCCGGCCGCACCGCAAGGUGGAGGCUCAGGUGUACGUGUUGAGCAAGGAGGAAGGUGGACGCCACAAACCUUUUGUGACCAACUUUAUGCCGGUGAUGUUCUCCCUGACCUGGGACAUGGCGUGCAGGGUGCAGCUCCCCAAGGAGAAGGAGCUGGUGAUGCCCGGCGAGGACACCAACCUCACCCUGACCCUGCGGCAGCCGAUGGUGCUGGAGAAGGGGCAGCGGUUCACCCUGAGGGAUGGGAACCGGACUAUUGGCACGGGGCUGGUGACGGCCGUGCUGGAGAGUGGGCCGCAGGACGACGUCAACUGGGGCUGAGGGAGUGCCCGACGCCUGGCUUUCAACCCCCCCCUCCCUUUUUAUCCGCAGCGAGACCGCCUUCCUGUAUACUCCCCCACUGCCAACCCCAGCGACUGAGCCGCUCCUCAGGGGCCACGUGAGAUGUGCGGGCGGGACGAGGGGGGGGUGUGCAUUCCCUCACCUAGAUUCCUCCAGACGUUACUCUGUCAAUCCGGUUCCUGGCACCGUUUAAUUUAAAGCGUUCGCGAUGUGUGUUAUAUUUUGUAAAAUAAAUUCGGGCGAAAUCCGAGGGCGUCCUUCGCUGUCAA